UAGAACUUCUUGGAGAUGUCUUAUUUUGAGGGAAGAGGAGGUCUGGAUUGUCUCCUGGAAAACCGACGGUCCACUAAUGAGGAUUCAAAGCAUCCGAGCAGGCUUCUGUCUUUACCCGGCCGUCCGGUCAGGGCGAGCACCUGGCGACCGGACCCCUCCGACUCUGGACACUGCAGGCGGCACAGGAGACCGAUGUAUGUCUCUUUUGUCACUAAGGCCAUUCUGUGGGAUAGAGGAGGGUGCAACCAUGCUGUCCAUGAUCAUCAAGUUCAUCAGCCACCGUCUGUUUGCCCGCGCUUUCUGUCCCAUAUGAAAGCUCGUCCUGAGGACUUCCACCCGUCGUCUUACCCUAACAAUAACUACCGGCAGCAACUUCCAUCUAGGAGGAAGAUGCAGAGUUUUAACCUUCCUCCUGCCACACAGACCUUAUUUCCUGAGGGCCAGCCUGACACCAGCAGAGGGCUGAACAGUGCUCAAAGCGCUGAUUUGAUCAAGAGAAGACACCCUGCUGCUGUUCUCCCACGUCUCCAGUUCCCGGCCACACCACCUGUAUCUCCAUCCAGCUUUGAUCCAAGUCCUCUCCAACACAACACGCCUCACCUUGACCCCGAAAGACAAGAAAGCAAUUCAAGCAUCAUUCCAACUCAUGAAAUACAUCCUCUUCCUCCCGUCUCUCCUCGCGUUUACUCUCAACAAGAAGAAAAAGUAGUUCCUGAAAGGGAAAGUUUGUUUCCACCUGUUCCCCAGGAGUCAGCUGGGGAUCUUAACCUUGGGCCUUCUGGAUUGUCACAUUCAGAUUCUCCCACAUCUCUCUCUCUGGGCUCUCUAUCACAUUUAAGUCGUCCAUCUUCCAGUUUGUUCAGUCGGAGCACGGACCUCGCCAGUGGCCGGAGCAGCAUCCUGAGCGACCAACCCGCUGCAGAUACUCUGGACUCCUAUCCUGAUAGGAGCGUUGGUUCCUCCCCAUCGGCGCUUUCUCCAGAGAUGCAGUCACCCCUCGCCUCUUUCACUCCAACAGAAUCAGCCCUGCAACAAAUCCUGAAGAACAGCACCUGCACGCCUGCACCUUCGCCCCCUGGACAACAUUCUGAUGAGUUUCACCAAGCACGCUCGCCUAAUCCUCCGCCGGGUGGCAAAUCUACAUCAGACAAACCUCAAAGCGGCAAACGAAUGGCGAAAACUACAGAAAACGUCAAUGUGAUAACGUCUGCAGAGCGUGUCGCCAGUUUGGCCCCGUCUGGUGAUGAAGAGCGGAAUGAACUUGGGUUUCCAUGCCGGAGCCCACUCAGGACCGUUCCACGUUCAGGAUCGGGGGCGAAGCCGACCCCGUCCCCCCCACCGUCUCGGCUGGAUUCGAACCGCUGGUCUGUGCUGCCUCCCAUCUCCCCCAGCAGAGGUUUCUCAGCAGCUUCAGGCUGCUCUGGGAUCAGCUGCAGUCAGUCUCAGAUGUUUGAUGAGUUGGACGUCGUUGCUCCUCUUUCAGCCUCUUGUUCGUCUGUGGAGCGGCCGUCCGACUCCUCAGACUCGCCCCGUUCACCUCUCACAGAGCUGUCUCCUGGCCUCGCAGCCCUGACUGUGGGUUGCGACUCUGGGAAUCUGGGCUCCUUGUCCCGUGUCCAGCUGCUCCUCCUGGACCGGCCAGUGCCAGCCACCGGUUUGGAGGAGGCAUUCUCCCCGGUCCAAGAAUGGUCUGACCUGAUGUCACCAUAUGACGACCCAGAGUGGAUUUCAGCAGGUAACUCAAGGCCCGCCACAGCUGGCAGCUAUUCUGAAAGGUGCGAUUCCGCAGGGGAACUCCAGGACAAUAAAUCGAAUUGGUCUGAAGGAGAUUCUGGGUCUCCAUCUUCCUGGAUCAUAGACCUGAGUCCAUCAUCAGAAGCACUCGGAUCCUCCGAUUCUUCCCUCCAGUCCGACCAAAACGAUGAGAACCCUGCUAAGGAGGAAGUCCGUCUUCCGGAAAGGAACAGCCCAGUUCUGUAUUCGGAUGGAGAAGGAGCGGAGAGGAGGCAGAGGAUGGAGGAGAGGAAAACCAAGGCGCUGUUCAUGCUCUCCAAACUGCAGGACAGCACGCCUCGUCAGGACAGGAGCAGCAGGAGCCGCUCCAACUUCGAGGACUUCGACUUUCUGGCAAAAUAUUGCAUCUUCAGUCAGGAGAAGUUGGACGAGUACAAAAGGGCUUUUGAAGCAGAGGACAGCGACGGUGACGGCUACAUCUCCUGCCUGCAGGUCCUCCUCGCUCUCAAAACCAUCAUUCCUCCUGAGCUGUUGUCCGAAAGAGAAGAGAUCUACGUCUACAGGAUCCUGGAGAUGGUGGACUUCAGGGUGACAGAUGGGCUCGUGGACCUGAGGCUGUUCGCCGUCAUAGCGAGCCUGGCACAGAAAAUAGCCUCCAUGGACUUUACCUGUCGCACGUCUUUCAUCUCUUGUUGCCUCCUUUUCACCCUCUGUGCGGCAGUGCUUUGGGCCCAUCUGUCCCCACGUUGCAUUGUGCUCCUCACGCAGCGUCGCAUUCCCUCAGGGCGCAGCACGUGGUUUCUGCAGGAAAGCCCGUUGCCAAAUAGCAUCAGUGGAGCCAUGGCAGUCGUCGCGUGGGGUUACAGCAAGUCGGCGAGCGUUCAUGUGGAACCAACAAGCUCCCAGCAGAUAAAUGAGUUUAUGCGAUCACUAAUCAGCAGCAUGGACCUCCGCUCCCUUGAAGUGCGUCUCUUUAAAGCGAAGCGGCUGUUCCUUUUCCUCCUGGAGGACCAGCGCGACGUCUCCGGCGCCCAGCAGGGCUUCAUCAGCGGCGAGCAGCUGCUUCUGGAGCUGAAGGCUGGCGGCAUCCAUCUGGAGCAGGAGGCGGCCAUCAGGCUGGAGCUGCAGCGCAUUCCCCCGCUGGACCUGCUGGACUUCCUGGCCUACCUGCCCCUCUUCAUGCUCAUCCACAAGUCUGUGAUCUCCAACCCGCUCGAUGACUCCAGCCACCUCUGAAGCUCCGCAGCAACACCUUCACAGCUCAGAGGAGAUUGCUUACAGAAGAUUCUAAACUAUACCGUACUGUUGUUUUAAUGUUACUGCUCUGUAAUCAUCCUAAAAUGUUAGUUAAAGCUACUAGAACAACAAUAAUUUUAGAAUAAUCCGCACUAGAAAGUGAGAAAUAAGUCUCUUAAAGCGGU